AUGGCCGUGCAGCAAUUGGACGCGCACAAGAUCAAGGCCGACGUCUGGCUGCUCAGCGGGCGCUACGACGAGGCAACAACUCUCUCGACGGAGCCGUGGUUCAAGCACAAUCCUCGAGUCUGGUGGAUCACGUUCGAGAACUCGAGCCACAUGGCCCACUGGGAGGAACGCGAACGGUACAUCGAGGUGACCGGUGCAUUCCUCCCGAGCACUACACCAUGA